UUCAGCUAUUCAAUGGUAAAUUAAUCUUCGAUUAAAACUUAUGUAUAUAAGAUCUCCUUCUAAUUUAACAAGAAUAGAUAUUUAAAUAUUGCGAUCGACUUCCUUAAUUAACUUUUCUUCAAUUAAACUCUGAUUUAGUUAAGAAAUUAAGAGGUAACAAAAAGGCUGUCUCUUAUGAUUUAGUGGAACUAAAACAUUUGAUGAAUUUUGUAGAUGCUUAGUACUAAUUGGAAAUAGACUUUGAAAAAAUGAUUAACCUUGAGUUCUUAUUCUCUAUGAGAAUUGUUCCUCUUAAUAAAAUGCAUCUCGCUAUCCCCCUCUAGGGAUAGUUUAGGCCUAUUAUGGUAAUAAGUCCUUUUAUCAAACUAUUUGAAUGCCAUUAUGUAGAAAGAUAUUAAAGAAUUUGUAUGGAUAAGAUUAAUGCUUCCCAUAUUGGUUUUAUUUCCCAUAUGGGAUGUUCGCUCCACAUAUCUGCCCUAGUAAGAGAGCUGUAAUCUUAGGUGAAAAAAAAUACAGUUUUUGUGCAAUUAAUUAGUUAGCUUAAAUAAAUUCCUACCAAUUAGACAUAUGACAUAAUUAUGGAACUCUUUUAUUAAGCCACAUUUUGAUUAUGUAACACC